AGAAUAUAAAAGAAUUGCUCUGGGAAGAAAGAGCCUGUGGGACAGUCUGCCAUGUCACAUGCAGAUGAUUAAUCUGCCGCUUUGCUCUCAUGUUAUAUCCUCCUCCAUCUCAACUUCUCAAGACUCAACCUCUCCACACUCCGCAACUGCUACGCUACUAUACUCUGUAACCCUCCUCCAUAUCCAUCUGCCUCUAUCCACGUCACUUAUACUCCCCUAUUUUUAUUCUGCACGCUAUUCACGCCCCUUCCUUCUUGUAACAGCAACAGCAACAACCUCCAUCCCCUCUCCAUCUCUUUCGGCUCCUCGCAGGGAUACUGAGACAUCAGCUCCAUAUGAAGGUCAGCAGAACCAGCCAGCAUACUACUGCCCACCACAAGCCAUCCUCCAUCAUGAGGUCGGACCCUUCGAACCUCUAUACUCCUGCCAUGUCCCAGUCCAAGCAGCCUGCGGCCUCUCCCUCCUCCCGAUCCCGACCCCAGAACCCUAGCAAAGCCACUCCGUCCUUCCCUCUUGGGAGCCUGCCACGGUUCCAUCCUACCGUCUAUCAGUCACCAAACGCCUCGCACAACUCCGGCUCCCAGCCCUCAUCGUCGCAGCAGGCUCGAAACCAUUCAUACCGUCAUUCAUCCGGUUCUCGGGACGCCCUACGACAGUAUCGAGAACUGGUGGAGAGCGUAGCUCUCUCUCGGACACCUUCCGGAUCACUGUCACCGGGCCCGUCUGCCCCACGACUGGGCCCCCUUCGCAGUCCCGGACCCGUCACGCCCUUGACACUGGAGGAACCGAGCAGCUACCUAGCCGCCGCUGGUGCAGUCACCCAAUCUGACCAUUGGGCUUGCCAACAACACUACGGUCCGCCACAGGACCGAGUGAUGGAGAAGUUGGUUGUCAGGGAAAGCGAACGAGCUCGACAAGACCGUAAGAGUUCUAUGGGACUUUGAGCGAACCCUCCAUCCGACAUGUCACUGGUGGCUAGAUGCCUGAAUUCCAUUGGCCUGCAGACGUGUCGGCUCACAGAGUCAGGCCUGCAUGUAAUCUUCAAGACCGCUUCCAUUCUGGUGUUUCAUUUACUUGUCUUCCCCUUUCCUAUUUCACAUUUGGUCUCUGGCGUUGUGUGCGCGAUUGUUAUUCAUACCUGUAUUUAUACCCCACAUAGUCUUACUGCGAUUCAUCUUCCAUGGUCCCUGGUUAUGCCGGCUAUGGAACUGGCUGGACCCGAAAUGGAAAUUGCUCUUGUGCCGGGUGGACGCUCUCUUUUCUUUUCUUUUUCUAGGACUUUCGCAGAUUGUCAGACCGGAAUGAAAAGUUGUAUUUGUUCUCUCGAC